GCAGGAAGCGAGUGGUGCCAAGCACAUGUUGAGUCGGCUUGUAGUUGGAACAAUGGAAGAGAGAAGUUUUUUUUGUUAUAUAUGUUCCUUUCUCCGACAUUGCCUGGGCAUUUGUUCGUGGACAUUUUCACGUGGACAUUUUCUCAUGGACAUUGUGUCUCGUGACGAAUGUACUUGUAUUUUAGAUCUCAUGGGAGCUAACCUGUAGGACGUGAGAGUUCUUCUUGUUUUGUUUUUUGUUUGAAGAGUUACUCCUCAUCCUCUGUUACUGAGAUUAGAGACAAUGAGUUUCGUCCAUCUCCCAACGCCUAACAUGUUGAGCUCCGGAGACUUUAAGCUGACCCAUGGUCAGUCGGCCGGACAUCUUGAGGGUCAAGGUCAACAGAUCCACGUGUUCGGUGUAUUCAUCAUCUUGAUAGAGUUGGCGCUGACGUUCGAGAACCUGCUACCUAUUCUAGUGUGUGUGUUGUGGCUACCACGACAGAGCAUUGGGGACAAACAAAUCUGCGUGUUCAGUAUUCUAUGUAUAUUGUCUGCACUGGUGCCUACACCGUUGGGGCUGGUCUCCUAUUUCUCUGGUGGAUGGUACGGAGGAAGUCCAACCUGUGUCACUUACCAGGUCUCCUCUCUGUGGUGCAGCCUGUCUUCACUGGUGCUGUUGUCUUACAUGUGCGUCACGUGUCAUCUCGCUGUCUGCAGCCUCCUCAGGGUCAAAAAUCCUCACAACAAAUUUUCCUCCCUUGUUCAGUCAUCUCUGGUUGGAUCCUCCAAGGGAAAGAUGCUCCCAGUGUCCAAUGAGUACAUUGAUCUGGACAAGUCUAAGAGCGAUCCUCAUUUGUCGAGAGAUACGUUUCAAGACUCUGGCAAUCUCAAAAAGGAAAAGUCACAUAAGUUUAGCACUACUGCUUUAGAUAACAUGUACACUCUACUGGAAGUGAAAGACACGAACAAUGGCAAUCAAUUUCACUGUUGUGAGAAGGAUAUCGAAAAGGCCUUAAAUGCAGACACUUCUAAACUAACCGAAGGUUUUAUCAAUGACCCCGAGUCUCAGCUUUCUGGUGAAAUUCCGUUAUGCCCUGAUGUUAACCUGAGUUAUCCCAAAGAAAAAUCCAUCUUGUACCUUAACCUCUACAAGAAAAGUAAAAGGCUGAAAUCAUGGCUCAGAAAUGACCUGUAUUUAUCCAGAAGAUUCGACGGGCCUAGGGCAGAUGCCCUAUGCCUUAGGUGCCCCACGAGAGAUUACAUGACACUUACUCUGCUAGUGCUUCUCUCACUAACUAUGACCAUCGCCUUACUCCCGAUGCUGGGAUUCGGACCUCAUACGGAACAGAACGAUACGACCUGUGCGCCAUGGCUUGUCCGAAAGCCAGCUCAAACGAACGAAGAGAUAUUUUACAUCGCCUUUCUGAUCUUUGUCUGUUUGUGUCUUGUAGCAGGAUGCUGCUGUGGGGUCAAUGUCUGCUUGAUGUUCAGCAGACAAUCCAAGGACGGUCAAAGGCCAAGAUCAAUGACAUGCUACUAUGAAAAGGAGACAACAAAAGACUUCUGGGAGCUUUCUCUGUUGUCGGACAUGCAGAGACAUUACAGACUCAACUGUGUGGCCCUCGCUGGACAGCUGACCUGGAUACCGUUGCUGCUUAUCCUCGUCGUUCAGACAUCCGGUGUCAAGGUCAGCGAUGCUGCCGUCAUGUACUCCACCGUUGUGACGUCACUUCCGGGCUUGCUGAACCCUCUCCUGUACAGCUUGGUCCUGUCCAGCUAUAGGUCGGGCUACAAAGCCAUUCUGGGCAAACGAUGCUGUCAUGGCAAUAGGACCAAUGAAGUGUCUCGUAAAUGUGCUCAACAAAGCAUCAACAAAACCAUGAACGUAUCCAGCAGUGAGACAGAUUGCGAGUGUUAUUGUGACAAUUCUACCAUUCUCGUGGAUGAGCACACUCAAAUUGUUCUUGUGCCUGACAGUGAAAACAACGAGGGUAGUCUAGCAGACGACACCGAGGACCCAGGAGAGGAUAACUCGUGCUCUGAUUUCGUUAUGACGGAAAGGACACCACUUCAGGCUACGGUUGCUCCCACUGCAUCAGCGGGAACAUUCAAUUCAACGUCCACGCAGCCUUGGAGGGUGCUGACCUCGGGGGUGAUGGACAAUGGCUUUCACCCACAUAUUAUUAGGCCAGGAAAUGAACGCGAGUGCAACAGUCAGAGUUAUUUAUUGAACAUUGAAAGUUAUCGCGAGGAGACGGGUCUGUAGCGUGAUUCCAUUUGACAAUUGUUAUUGCUAUAAAUGUUGAAGAAUAACAAUAAUUUAUACAUUUGUAGUCUGUAAUUUAUAAUGGUCCAUUGUAACAAUUAAUAUAUUAAAUAUCGAUAACAGUGUAUAAAUAUCUAUAAAUAAAAUUUGUUUUCUAAAUAAUAUUGUAAAAAGAAUGUUGUACUAUUUAUCUGACUGAAAUAGUCUACAGAAUUCAAAUGCUGCUAAUAUUUUGGUUGCUUUGAAGGAGAUAUAAAUGAGUACUUUAAGCUUCCCAAAGGCCUAAAAUGUGAAAAUUAUGAAAUAAUGCUUUAAAAACUGUUUCUGGAUUGUCAUCGAAUUCAAAUGAAGUCCCAAAUCAAAACGUAUCCAGUCUUGUAAAUAACUCUCAGUUAAUCUUUCCAAAUGUUUAUUGUGUUCACCCAAUGACUGUAUUUUCAUUGAUGUUGCCUAAUCUCAUUUAACAACUGUGAAAGUUUAUUUUUUUUUAAUUCAGCCGAUAUGUGAAGAUAUUUCUUUCAUGUUGUAUGAAGGCACCUCUUUCAUCUCGACAUUGACUGUUGUACACAUCUAGAGAAUAGCACACUUUAUGAAAUACCUGUGCCAUUACUCUUAAACACACACAAGCACAUCGAUAUAUAUAUAUUUAUAUCUUAUAUUAUAAAGUAGAAAGUAAGGCGUAUGUAUGUAUGUAUGUAUGUAUGUAUGUAUGUAUGUAUGUAUGUAUGUAUGUAUGUAUGUAUGUAUGUAUGUAUGUAUGUAUGUAUGUAUGUUAUGAAUAGAAAUCAAAACCGUUUGACCAAUCUUGAUAAAACUUGGCAGAAAUGUACCUUGGGUACUAACUAAGACCGUAGUGUAUGUAUUGUAGCCCUAAAUCAAACUUACGACCGUCAAAAAAAAAGUUUUUCAACUCUAUGACUUAUAACUUCAUCGAUCUAGGCUAUGUUUAACAUAUUUACAUGAAAAGAUCGAAAGGAUCUAGAUCAAAAUCUAAUUUUAGAAACUACACUUUGCGCAGAUAGCUUUUUACUUUGACACAUGAAAAUACAAAAUAUAGUCCAAUGAUUUCAUUAUUUAAUAAAAUUAACCUUCAAAUUUGUUUUUCUAAAGCAUUUUUACAUAGGUCUACAUUCCUUUGCCAAUAUUUUCGAAAACAAAUUGAAUUCAGGUCAAUUAGCUAUUUUUAGCUCCAUUCAUAAUAUUUUUUUUACUAAUGAAUUCAUGCAUUCUUACUUAUAACAUAAUUAUUUUCUUUAAUUGUUUCUAAUGCACUAUAUCAGUGACUAUAUCAAAAAUACGCAAGUUAAGACCCGCGGGCAGCGGGUAAUAUCCGUCUAGUAUAUAGGCCUAUAUAUAAAUUACAACAUUGGAAAGAAAUGCUAUUGCAUUCUUUCCACAAAUUAAAGAGGAGCGCUAGUCACACCCAAGUGUGGAAUCUGUCGAACAAGAAAAGAAAAUGGAUGACAUAUAUCAGAGUUGCUAAAACUGUGAUUCUCUCUAUAUAUCGGUGGAAGGGUGGAUCUCUACAUCGGCGGAAGAAUGGAUCUAUCUAUAUCGGCGGAAGAAUGGAUCUAUCUACAUCGGCGGAAGAAUGGAUCUAUCUAUAUCGGCGGAAGA